AUGUCGUCAUCAGUUGCGUCAACAUCGUUGCUUAAUCAUACAUUGAGUGACGCCCCAAUGUGCAGCUGUGGGAAACAAGUUGUACUUAGAAUAUCAAAUACUCGAAGAAAUCUGGGGCGAGCAUUCUUUGGGUGUCCACUCUACAACAAAGAGGGGUUACCGGACUGCAAGUUUUUCAAGUGGUCAGAUAGUAGUGAAUACAAAGAGCAAGACUUUGUAAAGAGAGAAGCAGAAUUAUUAAGGAAAGAGGAAGAACUUAAAAAGAGAGAAGCAGAAUUAAGGAAAGAUGAAGAACUUAAAAACAGAGAAGCAGAAGUAUUAAGAAAAGAUGAAGAGCUUAAAAAGAGAGAAGAAGAGAUUGAGAAGAGGGAGUUGGCACUCCAUAAUCAUCAAGCCGAGUUUCGCAUUCAAGAAGCCGACAUGCGGCAUGCACGCAAACUAUUUCGUAUAUUUUGGCUAAUAGCCAUAAUUAUUUACUUGUAUUUGAUACUCUCACUGGGUUGA